UAUAUAUUUAUAUAUAGCUUCACCAUUCCUACGGUUUAGCUAGCUAAGCUUCCAACUCUAUUUCUCUCUCUCUCAGAGACCUUCCUAAUCCAAACUAUUCUUAAACGUGUAGGGCUUUGCUUUCAUUUUCAGCUUUUGUUGGGUAUUUAUAGUUGAGCUUCUUAUACACUGGAAAAGUACCUUCUUUUAUUUCUCUUUAUAAAUUUAAACACACAAUAUUAUUGUACAAUAACAGCUCAUUGGGUUGGAAAGAAGAAAAAGUAAGAAUGGAUAAUAGCAUAGACAUGGAUAAGGAGAGAUUGACGGCGGAGAUGGAUUUUACAGACUCGUCGUCGGCCGUCAUUAGAAUCCGGCGACGGUUGCCGGAUUUUUUAAAGUCUGUCAAACUGAAGUACGUCAGACUUGGUUAUGGCUACUCAUGCAACGCAGCCACUAUUCUCAUGUCCCUUUUUGUUAUUCCUCUCGUAAUUUCUUUAAUCAUUCAAAUCACCGGUCUAAAUCUAGACCGAAUUCCUGAGAUAUGGACCAAUCAAGCGGUUCGGCUCGAAAGCAUCGACGCCGCGACCAGACUGGCCGGUUCGGCCGUGCUGCUCUUCCUACUGGCUCUAUACUUGACCAGGCGGACCAGACCUGUUUACUUAGUGGACUUCGCGUGUUACAAACCGGGCGAUGAGCACAAAAUGUCAACUGAGACGUUCUUGAAGAGGUCGGAAGAGAGCGGUUCUUUCACUGAUGAAACGCUCCAUUACCAGAAGAGAAUCUCGACCCGGUCCGGCCUCGGCGACGAGACUUACUUUCCUCGUGGAAUUACGUCUAGCCCACCUAAUCUCAACAUGGAAGAAGCCCGGUUCGAGGCGGAGACCGUCAUGUUCGGCGCCUUGGAUGCGCUCUUCGCCAAAACAGGGGUCAAACCCAGAGACAUCGGAAUACUAAUAGUCAAUUGCAGUUUGUUCAACCCAACACCGUCUUUGUCCGCCAUGAUUGUCAACCACUACAAGCUCCGCACGGACAUUAAGAGCUACAAUCUCGGCGGAAUGGGCUGUAGUGCCGGCUUAAUAUCUGUUGACCUUGCUAAAGACUUGCUUAGAGCGAACCCAAAUACUUACGCCGUAGUGGUCAGCACCGAGAACAUUACCCUCAACUGGUACUUUGGUAACGACCGUUCGAUGCUCCUCUGCAACUGUAUUUUCCGAAUGGGCGGCGCGGCCGUUCUCCUCUCGAACAAGUCCCGGGACAGUGCCCGGUCCAAGUACGUUCUGUCCCACACGGUGCGGACCCACAAAGGAGCCGACGACAGGAACUACAACUGCGUUUUCCAGAGGGAAGACGAAAAAGGAUAUGUCGGGGUUUCGCUGGCGCGUGAGCUCAUGGCGGUAGCCGGAGAGGCGUUGAAGACGAACAUCACCACUCUGGGUCCUCUGGUUCUGCCCUUCACCGAACAAUUCCUUUUCUUCAUGACCCUGAUCAGGAAAAAGCUAUUUAACUCCAAGGUGAAGCCUUACAUACCGGAUUUCAAGCUGGCUUUCGAGCAUUUCUGCAUUCACGCCGGCGGGAGGGCCGUACUGGACGAGUUGCAAAAGAACAUGCAACUCAGUGACUGGCACAUGGAACCAUCGAGGAUGACACUCCACCGGUUCGGGAACACGUCGAGUAGCUCGCUCUGGUACGAGCUGGCCUACACUGAGGCAAAGGGUCGGGUCUCAAGGGGUGAUCGGGUCUGGCAAAUCGCUUUCGGGUCGGGUUUUAAGUGUAACAGUGCGGUUUGGAAGGCCCUCAGGGCCAUUCCCGGUGGACAAAGUACUGGGAAUCCCUGGAGUGACUCGAUUGACCGGUACCCUGUUAAAGUGGUUACUGGUUAGGGAUGUCCACGUGGCCAAACGUAAGUGGUCCAGGGAUACCCAGGAGUGAAAUAUUACUAUUUAAUUUAGUGGCCGUUUGUUUAGAAUCCGUAAAUUACUAUUUUACAAUUAAUGGAUCUAUUACUUUGUCUUUGCUAGACUAUAUAUAUAUAUAUAUCACAAUGUAUUUUCAUUUUUAUU